AUGGAUCGGUAUUCAAAAGACUCCACAAGUAUAAGUUUGAAGGGUACAAAACUACAAAGUAAGAUUCAAGACUGCUUUGAAAAAGGACCACUCGUUCAAAUCUUGGAUCAAUUGUACAUGGAAAAGAAGAUCCCUGACGUGCCGUCAGCGAGAGAUUGGGACGACUUGACUGAAUUAGUGCAUUUCUUUCAACCAUUUAAACAAGCCACGAUGGAAUGCAGCAGCAACAAGCAUCAAACGUUGUCAUACGUUAUACCAUGGUACAACGUGUUAUUGGACCAUUGUGAAAAUGUCGUCAGUGAUUAUGGACAAUGA